AUGGGAGGCGGCGUCGGCUGGUUGGGGAUGUACACGGACGAAGGUGGGAAGCCGCCCUGGCUGGCCAUUCACCUGCUGCUGCGCGUACGGGUCGUACGGCAUCUGCGUGGCGACCGAGGGCGUGGACGUCGCAGUGUACGACGACAUGUGCGAGCCGCCCAUCUUGGACUCGGGGUAGUGUCCGCCGUACUGCUCAUAAGACCCCUUGGCCGAGGCACUCUGCUGCCUCCGCCUGCGCCAGAAGAAGAACGCCAGGCCGGCGAUGAGUGCGAACCCGAGCACGGCACCGACCGCAAUCCCGACCUUGGCGCCCGUGGGCAGCCCACUGUUACCAGCACUACGCUGCUCCGCGGUGAGGAAGGGCGCGGCCUUCUCCUUCUUGUCGUUCAACCUAGCCGCGAAGAUCUUGCCGUCCGGGCACCCGGUCCCCGUCUCGCACGGGUUGACGGAGCAGCAGCCCAUGAAGGGGUUCGGCUUGGCCUCGGCGCAGGUCCACCACUGCACCUCGGGGGCGUCGCUGACGCAGAGCUGGGGCUCGAGGGCGUUGAAGGAGUACUUGUCGAAGGAGGUGUACUUGAGGUUGUCGUCCGGGCAUUCGCCCGUGGCCGUCUUGCACGGGUCGACGGAGCAGCAGCCGACGAACUGGGUGGGCUUGUCGUAGCAGACGUAGAAGGACCCUCCCUUGGGGCAGGUGGCGCCCAGUGA